AUGCAAUUGGACUUUGCUAUUGAGUUGAGCAAAAUUGCAGUGAAAUCCUACAGCUGCAAGCCAUUUAGCAACUCUAUAAUGGGAAGGGAACUCUGUAUAGCUGAGAUUGAAGCUCAGAAAGAUAUGAGCUUGGUCGUUGCUACCAGCCAUCUUGAGAGUCCCUGCCCUGGCCCACCUAAGUGGGAUCAAAUGUACAGCAAGGAACGUGUGGAGCAAGCCAUGGAACGUGUGGAGCAAGCCAAGGAAGCUGUGGAUUUACUUGACAGAAAACGUAAUGCAAUCUUUUGUGGUGAUAUGAACUGGGAUGACAAAUUGGACGGUCAAUUUCCUCUACCUGGUGGAUGGAUUGAUGCUUGGGGAAAAAUGAAGCCCGAAGAAAUCGGAUGGACGUAUGACACCAAGUCAAACAAAAUGUUAAGCGCCAACCGGACGCUGCAGAAACGUUUGGACAGGUUUGUUUGCAAACUGCGAGAUUUCUGUAUAAGUGAUAUAAAGAUGAUUGGGAAGGAAGCAAUUCCAAAUGUCACAUAUAUCAAGGAGAAGAAAGUGAAGAGUGAAGUUAAGAGAUUGACACUACCUGUUUUGCCUAGCGAUCAUUAUGGUCUGCUUUUGGAGAUCUCUCCUACGUAG